AUGGCUGAGCAACACCCUUAUUCGGUCACUGUGACCUUGAACCAGAUUGCCAAGAUGAUUGACCAUUCGUUGCUGCACCCGACUAUGACUGACGAUCAGAUCCGCGAGGGUCUCGCUAUCGCUAAACGUUACAAUGUUGCAACCGCUUGUGUUAAACCGUACCUUAUUCCGAUGGCAAAAAAGGAGCUGGAAGGCUCCACCGUACUCGUUUGUCCGGUUAUUGGUUUCCCCCAUGGAAACAGCACUACGGAAGUGAAGGUUUUCGAAGCUGAGGCUGCGGCUGUAGCAGGCGGGGAAGAAAUUGAUAUGGUGAUCAAUAUCGGCAAAGCGCUAGGUGGUGAUUGGGAAUAUGUGUCAGAUGAGAUCAGACGCGUCAAUGACGCCGUCACAAAGCAUGGCGCUAUUCUCAAGGUGAUUUUUGAGAACGACUUCUUGCGAGAGGAGCAUAUUAUCAAACUCUGCCAACUCUGCUCUGACAUCGGAGUCGUGUUUGUCAAAACAUCUACUGGAUACGGUUUUGUAAAGCAAGCAAAUGGCACGUACACUUACGAUGGGGCAACGGUGCCUCAUCUAAAGCUUAUGCGACAGCACUCAAGCUCAAAAGUGCAAAUCAAGGCUGCUGGAGGUGUAAGGACACUGGACGACCUUCUGCAUGUGAUGUCACUGGGGGUGACGCGGAUCGGGGCCACGGUGACAGUGGCUAUUAUGGAGGAAGCUGCGCGGAGAGGAAUAACAAACAUACCCUCCACAGUGACGUUUAAGCCAAUUGAUGGAACUGUUUCAGGAGGAUACUGA